AUGUCUCUAUUUCUCCAUUUUCCAUUUUUUUCAUCUUAUCCUUUCCCCUCUCUAACCUUUCAUCGCCUUAUCUCUUUCCUCUUCCUUUUUCCCUGUUUGCUUUCUCUCUUUUUUUCUAUGUUUAUCCCACUCUUCUCUUUCUCCUGUUUCUACCCCACUACCUCUCUUUAUUUCUCAUUUUUCUCCUCUCUGAUCUUUCUUCCCAUCUUUGUUCUUCUCUCUUUACUUUUCUUCUUCCUUUUCCCUCUUGGAAAUUAUACGCAACUUGCUCACUUUCUCUCUCUUUCUCUUGUAGACAACUUCCCCAUUCUCUUUCCUCCAUUCUUUCUUUCUAUAAUAUGCAUCUCACUUUUGUAUCCAGGUCUUUCACUUACCCACUCGCUUUCUUUCAUACACUCCUCUCUCUUUCCAUCUUGUUGGUAUAUUGUUUUUCUUGCUGAUUUUUUUUUUAAAAUUAUUACGUAUUUUAUUUUUCGGCUUAUUCUUCUUCUUAUUUGUUCUGUCACAUUUUACUCUUUCUCGUUUUCACGUUCUCUCUCUUUCCCACCUCUCUCGGUCACUCUCUUUCCCACCUCUCUCGGUCUCUCUCUUUUCCCACCUCUCGGUCUCUCUUUCCCCACCUCUCUCGGUCUCUCUCUUUCCCACCUCUCUCGGUCUCUCUCUUUCCCACCUCUCGGUCUCUCUCUCUUUCCCACCUCUCUCGGUCUCUCUCUUUCCCACCUCUCUCGGUCUCUCUCUUUCCCACCUCGGUCUCUCUCUUUCCCACCUCUCUCUCUCUCUUUCCCACCUCUCUCGGUCUCUCUCUCUUCCCACCUCUCUCGGUCUCUCUCUCUUUCCCACCUCUCGGUCUCUCUCUUUCACACCUCUCUCUGUCUCUCUCUCUUUCCCACCUCUCUCGGUCACUCUCUUUCCCACCUCUCUCGGUCUCUCUCUUUCCCACCUCUCUCGGUCUCUCUCUUUCCCACCUCUCUCGGUCUCUCUCUCUUUCCCACCUCUCUCGGUCUCUCUCUCUUUCCCACCUCUCGGUCGGUCUCUCUCCCACCUCUCUCGGUCUCUCUCCUUCCCACCUCUCUCGGUCUCUCUCUUUCCCACCUCUCUCGGUCUCUCUCUCUUUCCCACCUCUCUCGGUCUCUCUCUCUUUCCCACCUCUCUCGGUCUCUCUCUCUUUCCCACCUCUCUCGGUCUCUCUCUCUUUCCCACCUCUCUCGGUCUCUCUCUUUCCCACCUCUCUCGGUCUCUCCGUUCACUUGCUCGUUUUCUUUCCAGUUUAUCAGCCCUGGUGGUCAUGCACCAUACAACCCUGAGUCUGGAAUGGGUUACCUUGACAAUAAUCAGAUGUCCAUGAGACCUCAUACAUUACAAGGAAUUCAUGGGGGAGACAUGUAUGAUCCUAUGAAAGCAGGUUAUUCUCAUGUUCCUGAUGGUCAGCGGUAUGACAUGUUGGGUGUACAAAGUAUGCAUGGUGCAGAUAUGUAUGGACCUCCACCAGUUAGCGGGUCUUACAGUCAGAUGUCACAACUGCGUCCACCAGUGCAUUCUCAAGCCAUGCUCAUUCCAGGUCAUCCGCAUCAUAUGAUGAUGGGACACACUGCACCAGGAAUGGGACAUCAUGGUAUGCCAAUACAAACCACACAAAGUCCACCUUUACAUGGAGGAAGUAUGGACGUCAUGGGACAACAGUUACAAGAUAUCCAUGCUUAA